AUGUCUCAACAACAUACUUCUGUUUUUCUUUGGAGUUCAUCUAUCAUUACUGUCAUGGCCUUCAAGAGGAAUUUUCAUGUGAGCAGUUAUCGCCAAGCUGUUGAGGAUGAUGUUGGGAUAUUUAAAGCCGUGGUAAUUGUUGGCUUUGUUAUCAUGUUUUGCAGGUGGUGGAAACAUGAGGUUAUGAUGGUGACUCGAAGACGAAGUGGAAAGCUGGAAAGCUUGGUAGUGUGA